AUGCGCAACAUCCUCAGGGCCGCGGCCGCCAUACUAUUGGGCUUUUCGCUCUCGUCAGAAGCCCAUUCUGUAAAAAGGAACCCCCUAAGCUUCAUCAGCCGAGUCGACGACGCCGUAUUACAUACGCCCUCGCACCGCGUCCACGCCUACUCUACCUUCGACCUGACUUUCCUCCUCCACGACGGGCGCGAGAAGAUACGGAUAGUCUUGGAGCCUAAUCACGAUGUCUUGUCGGAUACCGCAAGCAUACAAUAUCUCGCUGCCGAUGGCACCAUCACCCAGGAGAAGUUCGACAGGACACAGCACAGGGUGUUCAAGGGCGACGCCUUUAUACAACACCCGGGCCACUCCGAAUGGCUGAACACAGGAUGGGCAAGAAUAACGGUUCACCGAGAUGGAGCGCAGCCCAUAUUUGAAGGGACAUUCCGCGUGAAUGGAAAUCAACACCACAUUGCGACCGGCUCUACUUAUAGGCAGACGCGACUCGACGAGGACCCAGCAGCGUACGACGCCGAUGACGAAUACAUGAUUGUCUGGAGGGACACGGAUAUCCUGCCCGAUAUGCAGGGUCCAAGCCAGGAGCUCAAACGUGGAUUUGCCGACAAUGGAACUGUUUGCUCCUCUGACCUGCUGGAUUUCAACAACGAGAACAACCACCCGGUCCACCGUGGCUUGGAUGUCCGCGACAUGUCCUCGGUCGAACUGGGCGCCCUGUUUCGCCGCGACGGUAUAGAUGGGACCACCAGCGGCAACGGGGCUGGCGUGAAUUUGGCCCAGAGCAUCGGAUCUACCAAGGGCUGUCCCACUACCAGAAAGGUGGCUCUGGUUGGCAUCGCAACGGACUGCACCUACACCGCACAGUUUGGCUCCGAGGCCGAUGUCAAGUCCAACAUCAUUCAGGUCGUCAACUCGGCAUCGGCGCUUUUCGAAAGCACCUUCAACAUCUCCAUAGGCAUUCAGAACCUUACUAUCAGCGACGCCGAAUGUCCUGGAACCCCACCGCAAGGUUCCCAGUGGAACCAGGCUUGUAGCUCCAGUGUUACCAUCAACGACCGCCUCAAUUUGUUCUCGGCAUGGCGAGGGCAGUUCAAUGAUACCAAUGCGUAUUGGACCCUGCUGAGCACGUGCAAUACGGAUGCUGCAGUCGGCCUGGCCUGGUUGGGUCAACUGUGCCAGCAAGGUUCUACGGGGGGCAACGAAACCACAGCUGGAGCCAACGUCGUUGUCAAGACCAGCACCGAAUGGCAGGUAUUUGCCCAUGAAAGUGGCCAUACCUUUGGCGCCUUCCACGACUGCGUGGAUACGACUUGUUCAGACGGUACCUUCACGAUGCAGAAAUGCUGUCCGCUCAGUUCUUCCACUUGCGAUGCAGAUGGGAAGUAUAUCAUGAACCCAUCAACGUCCAGUGGCAUCACGCAAUUCUCCCCUUGUACUGUUGGUAAUAUUUGUUCCGCCAUGGAUCGGGGCAGCGUCAACACGGCCUGCUUGACCAAUAACAAAGACGUUGUUACCAUCACUGGGAACCAGUGCGGCAAUGGGAUCGUCGAAGCAGGAGAGGACUGCGACUGUGGUGGUGAGAACGGCUGCGGCGACAAUCCCUGCUGUGACGCCAAAACCUGUAAAUUCAAGGGCAGCUCUGUUUGUGAUCCGACCAACGAGGACUGCUGUACUGAUCAGUGUCAAUUCGCGUCCAGCGGGCUGGUCUGCAGAGCCAGCACUGGCACAUGCGACCCACAAGAGACAUGCGGCGGUACCAAUGCGACGUGCCCAGCCGAUGUCAAGGCGCCCGAUGGUACAGCUUGUGGUGCGAGCGGUGCUGGUUUGACUUGCGCGUCGGGCCAAUGCACUUCACGUGACCUACAAUGUCGGACAGUGGUCGGCUCAUUGACCAACAACAAUGACACUUCUGCUUGCGACUCGCAGAGCUGUUUGUUGCGAUGUGCCUCUUCGAAAUUAGGCCCCAAUGCUUGCUACGAUAUGCAGCAGAAUUUCCUCGACGGUACUCCUUGUGAAGGGGGUGGGCAUUGCAACAAUGGACAAUGUUCGGGUGCCAACUUUGGAGACCAGGUUGGAAGCUGGAUUACUGACAACAAGAACAUUGUCAUCCCGGUAGCCGCCGUCGUCGGCGGUCUCAUCGUGAUCGGCGUCAUCAGUUGUUGCUUCAAUUGUAUUCGACGGAGGACUCGACGAAGAAAGCUCGCCGAGAUGGCACCACCGAACAGCAGCUGGGUCGGAGGCAAUCAGAAUGCCUGGGCCGCCAGCGCAGUAUCACAGCCACCCCCAGUUGCCCGCGGUGCGAAUGGUUCAGCACGAAGUGACAGGGCACGUCAAAGAAGUGAGAGGAGCGGGAGUAGAACACAGCCAAACUCAAACUGGCAGCCGGAUCAACAACCAUGGGAAACAAGGCCGAGGAUACCCACGGCGCGCUACGCAUAA